CAAGGAGAAUUUUGACAGCAUCCCCGAUCUGGAAUUCAACCCGAUUAGGGGGAAAAUUGUCCACGCCUUUUUCGACAAGCGGAACCUGCGUCAGGAGUCGGAUGGGCUGGCAGAUGAGAUAAACUUCGAAGACUUCCUGACCAUCAUGUCCUACUUCAGACCCAUCGAGAUGAACAUGGACGAGGAGCAGCUUGACCGCUUCCGGAAAGAGAAACUCAAAUUCCUCUUCCACAUGUACGACUCAGACCAUGACGGGAAGAUCACGCUGCAGGAGUACAGAAAUGUGGUGGAGGAGCUGCUGUCGGGGAACCCCCAUUUGGAAAAGGAGUCGGCGCGGUCCAUCGCUGACGGGGCCAUGAUGGAGGCAGCCAGCAUCUGUGUGGGACAAAUGGGGCCGGACCAGGUGUAUGAGGGCAUCACCUUCGAAGACUUCCUUAAGAUGUGGCAGGGGAUUGAUAUCGAGACCAAGAUGCACGUCCGCUUCCUCAACAUGGAGACCAUCGCUCACUGCUACUGA